AUUUGGAGUUUGACUAGCCAAUCAGAGCUUUCCUUCAAUGCUAUCCACUGUUUUGGUAUAUACUAAUUCUUGUUAUUGUCUUGUCUUCUUUACAAUUCUUGUGAUGUGGGCUCAGAGAAUUCAGUAUUGGAUCAGCUUAUAACACCCCUGACUAAUAUUUUCUUUUAUUCCCUUAACUGUUUGAUACUGUGUUGUCACUGUCUUGGUCACUAAUGGAAUUUCGUGGGGUAAUUGAUUGAAGUCAGUUUAGAUUACGAUUUUAAAGGGUUUUUGAGGAGUUGAAAGCUGUACAAUAAUUUACCUACUCUUGUCAAUAAAACUUAAUGAUUUUCUUUCUUAAUUUUUUUUUUUUUUCAAACUCAGAAAUGAUACUGAAGCAAUGGAAAGAAUAGCAUAUGAGUUUUGUGAAGAUCCUAAGGCAGGAAGUGGUGUCCUGUACUUUGAAGUUCGCUACAGUCCUCAUGCUCUUUGUACAGAAAACUCAGCCUUUCCAGACCAGGAGAGAGUGUCCCCAAAAGCUAUAGUGGAAGCAGUGAAUAGAGGAUUGAAAAAGGGAGCUGAAGAUUUUGGUGUUAUUGCACGGUCUAUUCUCUGUUGUAUGCGUCAAAUGCCCGGUAAUACAUCAACAUCAUUUAAUAGAUUUUAUUCGGUUGGUUUAACUCAGAAAUAUUUCAUAAUUAGUGAUUGGUGGCCUCCAACUCUUAUGGCAGGUAUGUGUGACUCAAAUUUUCAACAAACCAUUAUCUUAAGUGUCUUAAGUGAAAAAAGAUUUAGACAAAUGUACAAGCACAUUGAAGUCUGCCAUUUAUGGAAGAAGUCUUCAUUUUUUGUGCAGGAAGCUAAAAGGCUCAACAUACAUAGAACAGUUCACGCCGGAGAAGGAGGUCCAGCUGCUAAUGUGAAAAUAGUAAGUAUCAAUCAACAAAAGUAUUUUAAACUGGAGGUGUGUCAUAUAAUUACUACCAGAGUAUACUGUUAUCCAACAAAGAGCUAUUUCGAGAUACCUUGUAAAGUAUAAAGAAAAUCAGUAUUGUUGAUGUCCUUUCUUGAAUUGUGGGCCUUAAAGUUUCUUUACUAUUUUCAACCUUGCCAAGUUACCAUAACCCUUUCACUCCCAGAAGUGAUUAACCUGUAACUUCUCCCUGUAAUAUCCAUACAUG